CCCCGCUCCCGAUGCUGGCGGAGGGUUUCUCCCACCACCAUGAAGCAGCUGCGCGGCCUGCCCGCGACCUUCAGCCACUGGCUGCUGCUGAAGGUGGUCUGCGUGGAGGGCCACAUGACCAAGACCCUGGGCUACCUGGAGCUGGGCCCCUCCGGGCUCCUCAAGACCCUCCCGCCCGGCGCCCUGAAGCCUCCGCCCCUGCCCCCGGCCCGGCUGUUCUCCGGGGAGCCCUCGAAGGCCAAGGCCGGCGCCCUGAGCCCCUGGGCCUGGCCUAGGAACCAGACGGGCGCCGAGCAGCGGGGCCAGCGCAAGCCCUCGCUCAAGACGGGCCGGGCCCGGAAGAUCUUCGGCUGGGGCGACUUCUACUUCAACAUCAAGACGCUCAAGUUCAGCCUCCUGGUGACGGGCAAGAUCGUGGACCACGUCAACGGCACCUUCAGCGUCUACUUCCGGCACAACUCCUCCAGCCUGGGCAACGUCUCCGUCAGCAUCGUGCCCCCGGGCAAGGCGGUGGAGUUCGACGUGCUGGGCCCCCCGCCGGCCCCCGAGCUCCAGCAGGCCACCCUGCCCCAGGCCAAGGAGCCCCGGCCCUUCAACUGCCACGUGGAGUACGAGAAGACCAACCGGGCCCGGAAGAACAAGCCCUGCCUCUACGACCCGGCCCAGGUGUGCUUCACCGAGCACACGCAGAGCCACGCUGCCUGGCUGUGCGCCAAGCCCUUCAAAGUCAUCUGCAUCUUCGUCUCCUUCUGCAGCUUUGACUACAAGCUGGUGCAGAAGGUCUGCCCCGAUUACAACUUCCAGCACGACCGCCCCUACUUCGGCUGAGCCCCCCCCAAUGACCCAGCUCGCC